AUGAAGACAAUUAUCGAGAAGUUAAUUGAAAGGAAUAAAGACAAUUUGUCAAGCAACGAAGACGACACUGAUGAUGAUGACGACGAAGAGGACGAUGAAGCAGAAUCUUCGGCUAAAGGCGAGGACAAUGGAGACAAUGCCGAACUCUCAGAACACACUGAAACUCCUAUACGUGCCCAAUCAGUCAAGUCUCAACGUCGUCAGUCGACAAAAUCGGUCAAUGGUAAAGAGAAACAUGAAGAAAAUGCUCAAGCUUAUUUCGAAUUGGAGGACGACGAGACUGCGCUGAAAUAUUUCAAAAAAUAUCUUGUUAAAUCAGAGGAAAGUUUAAAAGGUUCCUGGUCCAACACCACAAUCCGAGACGAACAAUUACCAGUCGUCAAAUUCUUUCGUUCUCUACUGACACAUAACAUUACUGCGGUUGUAUUGUCGUCCUCGAAAUCAAAAGACAUUUCCAAUAAAGAUGUUUGGACAAAUGUGCUGCAGGCCUACGUUCAAAUGUUCACAAUAGCCACGCGAACCGGCGAUUCGUCGAAUGAGAUGACCAGAGUGUACUUUGCAGCAUUUUGUAUAUGUCAAGAGUUGUACGACAUGCCGGAUAACUUGACUAACGCUUUCAAUCUUCUCUUCAAAGGCGAUUCAAAUGGUCUUCAGUGGAAGCAAUUAAUAUCUCUACUUCCACCUGAUGAGUGGACGGUCGUUCUAAUGAGAAUAGCCGCACAUCACAUAUCAAACGAUGCUUGGCAAGAUGCGCUGGAAAUUUGUCGUACCCUUCAGGAUACUAUUCAAAAGAAAGAGACACUAAAGAGUGCAGUAAAUUAUGGUUUACUGAAACUAUUUCAGUUGCAUCUGGUACCUGAUGAAAAAUAUCGGACAAAUAUAAUGGCAGUAAAUAUUCGCUCGACGAACAUGUCCAUUUUCGAUCGAAUUCUCCUAUGUCGACUCAUCAUUUCAUUUAUGGAAGCGUUGGAAGAUGAAACAACCGCCAAUACAUUUGAAAAAGAACUACUCAUUCUUCAGAUAGAAGCAUGGACGAUCGUCGAUUUGGAGACCACCAAUUGUAUUGGACAUGUUCUCACAAAAGUAGAAGAUCAUGCUCUGGCUUCUCUAUACUGGAACGAACUGCAAAACAUCUACAAUGAAAUGUUACCAAAAUUCAUCGUUUCUCGUGUUUAUUCAACAGACUCCGAUUUCGAACAGAUUCUUCGAGCGGUCCAGGAGAUGAACAGCGAUCUCUUUGACAAUAUUCUUUCUUUGGCUGCAAGCUACGAAUCAAUUGCGACCUACGAAGAAAAGGAUGACAACUAUGAAGAUGCCGGUGGAUCAUUUAAGAAAGCAAUCGUCAUUUGA